AUGGUGUGUUCUGGUGAUGGCAUCAGAGUGAUGGUUGCAGUUGGGGUGCUAUACGGUGCGUCUGUCGCGGGCCACGACGCAGGCAGACCCAUGGAGGAGGUGGGCCAGGCAGUGGGCCAGAUGGUGGGCCAGGUAGUGGACCACGUGGUGGGCCAGGUGCUGCGCGGUUGUCACCUGGUGGUCCUCACCACUACACAACACUCACACGUCACCUCCAUCAUACUCCGGCACAGUGAAAUAUUGGUGGUGUCUAGCGUUGUCGUGGACGUUGAGUCGCUGUUCUCCCAUCACCUUCAACCCCCAUUGGACGACCUGUCGGCCGAGCCCGUGAGUGAAACUACUCCCCAGCCACCGUCCGGGGAACUCUCACAACGCCAGCCAACUGAGAACCAGCCACGUCAACACCAGACACCACAACAGCACCUCGAACUAGACAACCUUCUCCAGGGGCUGUGGGGAGACUCGAGAACCACCUGCCGGGGUCUUCUUCUCGACCUCACCUCCAACAACAACAACACUCAUCUUGCACUCAGGUUGUUGGAGAGGUCGGGGCUGUGGCAGCUGCCAGAGACGGUGGUGAUAGCCGUGGGGAGGAGGGCGGAAGUGAAGGCCCUGCUCCUCCACCACUCUCUCCGCAACACUCUCCAUGCCCUCUACCUUGCCCUCCACCACACCUCUCUCUUCGCCCUCCACAACGCCUCCCUCCACACGCCUCCAUCACACCCUCACUCUCGCCUCAGGAGCCUCCUCACUCAGGAAGGAGGGAGGACAGUGUCGGGGUGUAGGAGCCGUGUGUGGGUGUACCGAAGGUGUCCGUUCUGCAACAACGGGGAGGCGGGAGUCCAGCAGGUGCUCCAGUCAUGCCUCACCUUCCUUCCUCUCCCACUGCACCACCUAUUCCAAGAAAGCUUGCAAGACUUCAUGGGCAACAAGUUGAGAAUAGUAACAGCAACGCCAUAUUUUCCCUACGUGGACUACACGCGGGUCAGCGACGCCCAAGGAACACCCGUCAUCCUCACCGACUCCCUUGACGUCCGGCUCAUCUACACCUUCGCUGCUAAACUCAACUUCACGUUCGAUAUCCACGAGGACAAGACCCGCAGCUGGGGGGUGGAGAGGAACGGUGUCUUCAGCGGCAUGAUUGGUCUCCUCCAGAGGGAGGAGAAGGACUUUUGUACCGUGACAGCUCCGACGGCAAGGCGCCUCAGGGCCGUGGAAUAUCUAAGGUGCUAUCCGUCUGACCCAUUCAUAGUGACCUCACUCAAACCCAAGCUGCUUCCAAAAUACCUCGCGCUGAUCCGGCCAUAUAAAGGGGAGGUGUGGGUGGCGGUGGUGGUGAGCGUGGUGGUGUGGAGCGUCACCCUGUGGCUGCUGCAGCAGGUCUGGCAGUGGGUGGUGGGCGGAGAGCGUCGGGUGGACCUGGUCACCUCCCUCCUCUACGGCUAUGGCGCGCUCAUGCAGAACCUGCCCUCAGACCCCACCGUCAGCACCUCUGGCAGGAUGUUGGUAGGAUGGUGGCUGGUGUUUUGCUUGGUCGUUACUACAGGAUUCAGUUCAUCUCUGAUGGCGCACCUCACAGUGCAAGGAAGAUCAAGGCCGCUAGAGAGCUUCGAGGAUUUGGUGAACCAGCCUAGUUGGAAGUGGGGAACUGAUCCCUGGUUGAUGACGGAAUCUGUUGCGGAAUACUUUGAGAAGCACCCAAAUCCAGUGGUUAAGCAAGUUUUCCAUAAAAUGGAGUUGUUAAAGGUGGAUGAGGGACUGAAUAAAGUGCUGGCUGGGGGAUUCUCGCUGGUCAUCUUGAAGAACUACGUCACUGUCAUCGUGGAAACAAGAUACACAGACGCGAGGGGCGACACUCCUUUCUUUAUCAGUAACAAAGAAAUUCCUGUCCUGGCUGCCUUUGGCUGGGGUAUUAGGAAAGGUGCUCUCUUUCAUCUGAGAUUCAGGCAGCUAACAUCUUACCUAGAAGCUGCUGGUAUUAUAAAUUACUGGACAAAAGACGUGAUAGCCAGAAGGGUUAGGAAGGAGAGGAGGGCUGCAAUGCUUGACUCUAACACAAUUCCUGGAGACGUAAUUGAUGAUGAAGGGAAUCAGGUGGUUCUGAGUCUUGACCAUAUGCAGGGAGCCUUCUACAUGUUGCUAGUAGGCUGUGGCGUCGCCUUCGUCACCCUGCUGGGGGAGAACCUCGCCCACUGCUGCUCCACGCCUUUGUAACACCCUUCCCUGCAUCACCAGACCUCAGCCAGGAACGGUGGUGGGCUGUGGCGUCGCCUUCCUCACUCUGCUGGGGGAGAAAUUCCUCGGUAGUGUUCCUUGUAACAGGGAGGUGUUGAAAUUAGUAAUUGUUAUGAC